UUUCUGUUUACUAUACUCGUUGUGUGUAGUUGAGCGAAUAGUGUACUGAGUUUUGCUGGUGUACAUAAACAUCAGUCAAGUGUAUACAUUUUCGCAGUUGAGUCGGCAUCGCGUGAUAAAAUACCCGGCCAAGUUUAACAUAACGAAACAGUGUGGCAUUAAAUCCUUCAAAGAUAUUUUGAUAUUCUUCUUAAUUUGUGACCAAGCUAAUUCAUCUUUUUAGUUUUGAUUUAUUUAGAUUUAGAUUUAUAAAAUAAUUAAAGGUACAAGGUAUGAAUCUGAAGUGGUGUUAUGCGAUUUUGAGUGUUAUAAUCUAUGCAAAUGCAUUUGAAGAUGUUUUGUCAGAAAAUGGAAAUCCGGACAAGGAAUUAAAUGUCUCUCUGCAGUUCACCGGGUUCGAGUAUGAAGACGCUUGUUUCAAGUCCGCUGAAUCUGAGUGGACGUUUAUUAAAAAUCCAACGAAUCAAACUCUUAAACCAUGGGAAGAUUCACUAACUGCAUAUGGAUCAAUAAAGCGUAAAUGUGUGAAAGACUUUGAUGAGAGAAUAAAUGAAACUCUGUCAAGCCCUGAUAUUGAAUACAAAUUGAAUCUUGUUAGUAAACCGGGUGAUGCAUUGCUUGAGCCUCAAGACUGGACAAGCUUUAUAUCAUUUGUUAGUGAAGCUGAAUUAAUACGAUUAUCUGGAAAUUAUACAUCAGGAUCAAAUAAUUCAUUGCGCAAAAAAGCUGAAGAUUCAUUGGUGCGUAAUGCAAGUGCUGAAGACAAGUUAAAAGCAUGGAGAUCUUGGCAUGAAACGUUACAACCGCUCACAACAAAAUUAUCAAACAAUUUGCAGCUUGUUCAGAAAGCCGCCAUCGCGAAUGGCGCUAAUGAUGUAACAGAGUACUGGGAAAUUCUCAAUGAAUACAAAAAUGGAUACAAUGAAGCCAAAGAUAAAUGGAGUGAAAUUUCAUUUCUCUAUGAUAAAAUUGUUAAAUUUGUUAAAACUCGUUUAACUUUAAGAUACAAAGAUCUUAUUAAAGGCGAGGGGAUACCUGCUCAUUUACUUGGAACUCUUCAAGGAUAUGAUUGGACACCUCUUACAAUGGAUAUAGUACCUCAUCCUGAUUUUAUUUUUGAAAUAAGAAAAAAUCUCUGGCAAAAGAAUCUUAUAGGAAAAAAUUUAUACAAAUCAGCAUCUAGACUAGCAAGCAUAACAUUAAAACAUGUACCAGAAGCACAAUUCUUUGAUAAGAGUAAUUUCCAAGGCCAGUGUCCAUCCCACCUGGUAAAUUUCUGCCGCCAGGGAAGACUAAGAGUCAACACAUGUUCUGAGCCAUCAAUUUCAAACUAUUUGUCAGCUCAUAAAAAUAUCGCUAAGGUUUUAAUCCAUCAAAUGUCUGAAGAAAGUAUGCCUAUUGUAAAUGGCGCUAAUCGAUAUUCUGCGUUAGAAGAAGGAGUAUCAGAAUUAUUCGGAAUUUUGGCUUCAAGUCAAGCAUGGCUCACCACAUUAAAUUUAAUUAAUGAGACUGAUAAAACUGAAGAAGCUCACCUUGUCUCUAUUAUGAUGACAGCAUUAGAUGUACUUCCGCGAAUGGCGUACUAUUUUACCGCCGAUCAAUGGAGAAUAGAUGUCAUUAAAAAUAACACUUUUGAUCCAGAAAAUUUAAUGAGUUCGUGGUGGAAAUAUAGAUUGGAUUAUGAGCACGUAGUACCUGGUUCUUCCGAAAAUCUUCCAACAUUUUUAGAUGAUAGUUUUAUAACAAGUAAUCGUCCGUAUCUUUCUAAAUUUAUGGGAACGAUAAUUGGUUUUCAAAUUUACGAGUACUUAAUGGAAUCAACAGAAGUGAGAUCAGAAAAAUUAGAAAAAAUACCCAUCAACCAUAAUUUUAUUAAAAUGAUACAACACGGAAGCGCAGAAAAUUGGAAUCAAGCUAUGAAAAGUUACUUGCAACUGUACGACGUUUCUGUGGAUUCUCUGCUGAGUUACUUUUCUCCAUUAGAGCAGUACUUGGAUGAGCUUGACGAGGAAGAAGUUGGUAGCCUGCCGGUGGAGCUUGAAAAAAAAUUAGAAGCUCUCGAGGAUCAAUACCAAAGAGACUUAAAUACUCCUUCUACCACAGAAGCGAUCAAGCCUACAACUGCCAUGCCAAAAAAAGCAACAACUAAGUCUCAUAAGCAAAAUGAACGUCCGUUGAGUACAGAAGCGCCUAAGCCGCAAGCAAAUAAUUCAUCAAAAAUUAUUACGGAUAAAAAUUCUGGAAAAGAAGUGGCCAAAACUACUGAAGCGCCGGUUAAUGUUAAGAAGGGAGAUGGAAGUGUCAAAAGAGAAGAUAAUAAAGGAAUUGAAGAGGAAGUGGAACAUAAUAAUGAAGCUGGAAAACUUAUCAAAGGUGGAAUGAGCACUGCCGUCUGGGCGGUAGGGUCUGUGCUGAUUGCUACUAUUGCUAUUGUCUUCAUAGCUAUUUUCGGGAGAAGAAGGUGCCGAAAAACGCCAAAGAAUAGACGAUAUGUCUAGUUACAAUUCUGUACAAUAGUUUUAUUAUUUUAUUAGUGAAGUAAUCGUUUAAAGAGCAAUUAUAGACAUUUUAAAUAAUUACUAAGGUUAAAAUUUUUGCCGCAAUUUAAAAAUAAAUGGCUCAAAUUUUUGAUAUUACA